CGACCGUCAGUCCCGCACUGUGUGUGAGUGUCUGUCUCUUUUGUCCGACAGCACAUGAAGGCCUCAGCAGUCACGUGAGGCUCUACGAUAAAGACGGAAAUGCGCAGCUGUGGGCUGUAGAAGCAGAAGAAGACGAACAUGGCCACAGCGGCGCUCACUGCGGGUCUGGAGCGGAUCCCGGACCAGCUUGGGUACCUGGUCAUCAGUGAGGAUGGUGUUCUGGCCUCUGCAGGCGAGCUGGAGAAUGACGAGCACACAGCAGGUGUCAUGAUGCAGAUGGUUCGAACAGCGAGUCGCUUCAGGUUAUCAGGAUCAGCUGAUCCACCUUUCAAACGCAUGUCAGUGAUCCUGGACGACUUUGUGUACACGGUGACGGUCUCUGGUCAGAAGGUCUUUGUGGUCAAACGUCAGCACAACCAGCAAGAGCCAAUCAGUGUGUAGAAGCUCAGCUGGGGUACAGAGUUGCCAUGACGAUGAUGUUUUUGAUGUUUAAAGUUUGUGUGAAAUAAAAGUUUUUGAACAUGAAA